AUGCGAUCCAGCAUCCCAGCGGCUGCAUGGCCACGUGGAAGAGGCGGUGUUGCACCCCAAAUCAUUGCUGGAAGGGUGUCCCCAGAGGCAGCAGAGAUACCCACAUGCACACCGUCAGAAAUGGAUAUGCAUUUAGACUCCCGGAAAGCAUCGCUGCCAUCGGCCCUUGGCAUGGGCGGCGAGGCCAGGCAGUUGGGUGAAGAUGAGUUCCACUCGGAGUUUCCUGGAGCCCACUACUGCUCCUCUGACUUCUUUGAGGGGCCGCAGAAGUUUCAUCGAGAAGUGGUCCAAGCCUACAUAUCUAGGUUUCAACUGCAGCUGAAGCAGAACGAGCGGUUCAUUGAGGAUGCGCAGGCCCGGGUCACCAACGCAGAGCGCCUCUGCGCCCGGCUGCAGCGCGCCGCCCUGACAGCGCAGCGCGAGAGCGAGGCGGCAGUGAUCCGGGCCGAGGCGGACGGCGGACAGCUGAGGGCAUUCCGGGCAGGGAACGAAACGGUCUUCCCAUUGCCCUGGAAAGGUUUGCAGCACAAGCGCCCGAUCGGCGCCCACGACGAUGUGGAUCUGCUGCGCCAGCGACAAGGUGUGCUCGAGGCAGAGAGGGCGAGCCUCUCGGCCGAGCUGCGGCAGCACCGCGAAGAUGCGGAGGAGCUGGCUGCAAAGUCCGUCGCUGCCCGACGCCGUGAGCUGCAACUGCGCUCCAAGUUGGAGGCGGCGAGGCAGAGGUGCACAACUGAGAAGCGCGAGAUCGAACAGCGGCACGCCAAGGAGCGCGAGGCUUUUGUCCACGAGAUGCAGGCGGAGCUCGAGGCAGUCGCUGCUGCAACUGAAAAGGAAGUUGCGAUGCUGACUGCACAACACGAAGAGGAGGUCCACAGCCUCCGCAGAGCGGAAGCCGCCGCGUCCCAUCGCCACAGCGACGGGGCCUCGAGAAGCGAGGCAGCCGCUGCAGAGUCGGCAGCGAGGUUGCAGGAGACCCAGUCCCUUCGCCGGCUAUGCGAGAACUCCUCCGGUGAGGUUUCGAGGUUGUCUGCCGAGCUGCGAGCGAUGCAGGCAGCCGGCUUUGACCUCCAGGUGCGCUGUGGAAGUGUUUCGGAAGGCCAGGACAGCGCCGACAGCGAGGUGGAAAGAGAGACCGACUUCUUCCGCGCACGCUGCGAGUCUAUCGAAAGGCACAGGGCGGAUGCCGUGAGCCACCGCGCGUGCAACUUGUCCGCCUGGCUGGGAGGCGUUGCGCGCGAGCACUGCGCGCUGCCUCGAGGCCGCAUGGAGGGUCUGUGA